CUCAAAACAUAUUUUGCAUAAACAAAUAUUUAUAUGUACAAUUUUAUAAUAAUUAAUCAUGAUUAAUUUAAGACAAAUUGAGAAUAAGCUCAGUGUUAACGAAUUUAAAAUUUUUAAAUAAUAAAUGGAAUUACAGACAAUCGAUAGUCUAUACAUGAGACUUAUAUCUUUAAUAAAAGACCUUUAAAAUAACCCCAACAAUCCAGAGGCGAUAAAGCAAGAAAAAAUAGCUCUACAUUAACUCUUUUUCAUAUUUGGUCCAUAAAUGAGGAAAGCAUUAAUACUACUUGACUAAAAAGAUAUUUCUAAAUAUUAAUGCGAAAUAAUGUAAUAAUGCAUUCCUUUGAUGAGUGUUUAUAAGAUCAACGAAAGAUCAGAAAGUUUAGAUAAGCAAAAUAAGGCUUAUCUUGUAUUUAUAAGCGAAAAUGGAGCAAAAUACUGCAAUUGUGAAGAUUAUGUUAAUAAUAUAGUUAGCGAUUCAAACAACAUUAUUUGCAAUCAUAUAUUAGCAGCUCUGCUUAGUGAAGCCUAUGCAGAAUAUAAGAUUAUAAAAGUUGAUUUAAAUUAGUAUUUAAAUUUAUGUGCUGCAUGCUGCUGAAAAAUUUGUGAAACCAUUUUAUAAUAAUUGAUUCAUUUCGAAUAAAUAAUUGAUAUUUAUCUCAUAUGACUGAUAAUGCAAUAAAUAUUAAGUCUUACAAAUAAAAAAACAUAAAUGAUAGAAUAAUCUAAAUUGGAUAAAAAUAGAAUAUUUAUUUAGAAAAUGAAGAUAAUUCUAGUUGCCAGUUUAAUUAAAUUACAUUUGAUGAUGUAAUCAUAUUUUAUUUAUAAUUUUAAAAUAACCUCUCUACUACUCUCAAUAUUAAUAUAUAAAAUCAUUUAGAAUUAACUAUAAAAGUGAAAAUACAUCUUAAUUAUUUUAAAAAAUUUUGCUGGCAAAUGAACAAAUACUACAAACACUCAAUUAUAUAUAUUUCAUUAUAUUUAUUAUUUAGCUAUUCAUUUUUAUUAUAAAAAACAAAAAUGAAGAAAGUUGCUUAAAAUAAUUAACCUACUAAUUUUCUAUAUAAGUAACAUAUUAAAUUUAGUUAAUUCAUUCUUCUUAGAAUAGCUUACUCCAUUUAAAGUAACAAUGUUUAUAUCUAAGACGAUGAAAUAAGUUAGUUUUAAUUUUUAAGUUAAUUAUUUGUUCAAUUAAUAUAUCAAAUUUAAAUCUUUAAUUUAAUUCCUAUUUAUGUUUAAAUUGUAUUGAUAACUAACUCAA